AUGGAGCGGGCCCCCAACUCAGGGCUGCCCGGGCAGCCGAAGCAAGGCACCUUAGACAGUGAGCAGCAGCAGCAGCAGCAGCAGCAGCAGCAACUAGCAGCUGCAGCUGCGCUGCAACAACAGCGGAAUCUGCUGCAACAACAGCAGCAGCAGCAGCAGCAACAUCUGCAGCAGCAGCUGCAGCUGGGCUCCGGGGAAAUCCCUGCUGCUGCUGCAGUUACCUUCGCCAGUGACCCUAUGCCGCAGCUGCAUGCGCUGCAGCAGCAGCAGCUACUGCAACAGCAGCAGCAGGUGCAGCAGCAGCAAAUGCUGCACCAGCAGAUACAGCAGCAGCAGCUGCAGCACCAGCAGCAGCAGCAGCAACAGCAGCACCUGCAGCAGCAACGGUGGCAGAUGCAGCAAACACCCUCUAUACAAGAGCAGCUGCACCUCCCCAUGGAGCGGCUGCAUUGGGCUGAGCAGCAGCAGCAGCAGCAGCAGCAGCAGCAACUGCAGCAGCAGCAGCAGCAGCAGCUAGAGCGGCAUCUGCACCAGCAGCAGCUACACCAACAACUGCAGCAGCAGCAGCUUCAGCAGCAGCUGCUGCACAAUGCUGCAGCACAAAGCGUGCAGCUAUUGUCUUGUCAUACAGAUCCGGCGCUGCAGCAGCAGCUGCAGCAGCAGCAGCAACUGCAGCAGCAGCAGCAGCAGUUGCAGCAACAGCUGCAGCAGCAGCAGCAGCAGCAUCAUCUGCAACAGCAGCUGCAGCAACAGCAGCAGCAGCAGCUGCUGCUGCAACCUGCUGCAGGGGUGCACCCAAUUCAGCCUCUGCAGCAGCGACAGGACAGCCUGCUGCUGCAGCAGGGGCUGCAGCAGCAGCAGCAGCAGCAGCAGCAGCAGCAGCAGCAGGUAAACCCCUUUCAGCACCAUCACCAGCUCCACGUGCGUACAGCAAUGAGAGACAGACAGGAGCAGGAGCAGCAGCGGCAGCAGCAUCUGCAGCAGCAGCAGCUGCUGCUGCUGCAGCACCAGGAUGCACGCAUGAGGCUGCAGCAGCUGCGGCAGGAGCACGGGCCCCUUGAAGCAGCAGCAGCAGCAGCAGCAGGAGCAGCAGCAGCAGCAAGACCAGCAGCAGCAGAACCCUUUGCUUCUUCUCCCCCUCUCUUCCGCCGCUCCUCUUGUCUGCCUGCUGUUGGCUGCCGCAGCAAAAGCAGCAGCAGCAGCAGCACAGAAUUAGGCCUCAACUAUCCCGUGCUUCCAAGCAGCAGCAGAUGCCCUAUCUGCAGCAGCAGCAGCAGCAGCAGCAGCUGUAGCUGCUGCGACAACGGGAGGCCCCACACCAGGAGUGAGUGGAAGGCUAGCUUCAUGAGCAGCGCGGCACUGCAGCGGCAGCAGCAGCUGCAGCAGCAACUGCAGCAGCAGCAGAGGCAGCAGCAACUGCAGCAGCAACUGCAGCAGCAGCAGCAGCAAGAGCCACAGCAAACCCAGGAACCACUGCAGCAAGUAACAACACCACAGCAGCAGGCGGUGCAACCGCAGCAGCAGCAGCAGCAGCAGCAGCAGCAGCAGCAGCAGCCAAUGCAUGAGCAACUUGUGCAGCAGCAAACACCCCAGCAGCAGCAGCAGCAGCAGCAGCAGCAGCAGCAGCAGCAGCAGGCAGCUGAGGAAGCAGCAUUGCUGCAUCAGUCUCCGCAUGUGUCUCCUCUGCUGCUUGAGAGGACUCACCAGCAGCAAGCGCCGGCGGUGGUGCCUCUGCAGCCACAGCAGCAGCAGCAGCAGCAGCAGCAGCAGCAGCAGCAACAGCAGCAGCAACAGCAACAGCAGCAGCAGGCAGCAGCAGCAGCAGCAGCAGCAGCAGCAGCAGCAACAGCAGCAGCAACAGCAACAGCAGCAGCAGCCCCGCGAUAUUGGGGUGCAAGCUUCACCCUCUGA